GACCAAACUCUAUGAUAUGCAAGAGAGGAGUGGACUGUGGUGAGAACAUACACACCAAUCAUCGGAGGCUGCCUGGAUCACAAGGUUCAAUCAGUGAGCAUGGCUUACUACGAUCCAGCGGCUCACCAAACAGUCUACGGCCCCACGUCAUACGGCACCACGGCAUUUGGCCAGACGGCGUACGGUCAGACGGCGUACGGGUUGACGACGGCCAGCACAGAGACGAUUAUCCUCAAAGACGGAGCUUCGCCGCGUUUGCAACAGUGGUGUGCGCCACAAUCAUCUUCUUGAUCCUGGUCAGCGCACUGAUCACGCUCUUCGCCAUGGGCUACGGUUCUUCCUAUGUGACUGAGACGACCGAGACCACGGAACUCGGGGUCAUUUUUCGAAGUGGUGACGUUGAUAUCCGGGUGUUGUCGACCACUACUCGGGCGACGCCGGUGGCAACCACCAAGAAAACGACCACGAUGACCACCACGCAGAAAACUGAGACGCCUACUGCGUCAACGGCCGCUCCCUCGGAAAUGAUGGACGACCAGCCCUUGGUGUGCACCAUCGGCAGGAGGCUCAACUCGACGCAGAUGUUCCCGCCGGACGGCCUGUGCGAGUACAUCUUCUUCGACUCGCUGUACAAGCUGGGCCGCAACUCGUUUGCUGAACCCAGUCUCUUCGAGCCCAACUUGCUCAUCUUCAUCGACACCGCGCCGCAGUACCAGAUCACGGCGUUUGGCAUCGGCAUCACCUUCGAGUGA